UCAGCCUCUGGUUCCUUGACAAGAAUCUGCUUCCCUGCUACAUCCUGCAGACACUGACAGCAAGGGAAGCAUAUGUCUGCAAACAGUGAGGAAAAAGCCAAGGGAGAACUGGAGACAUCCAAGUUUUUGCUUUCUCUUGAAGUGAAGAAUAAUCACAAGGAAUAUGCUGGUGGCCUGAUCUGCUUCCAGAGGAUAUAGAAAAAUUCAAGAUUCCACAACAGAUCCCCUAAUUAUACUAACUGGUUGCAACAGAGAGGAAUGUGAUUCAUCAUGAGUGAAAUUUAUGCUGCCACUGGGAGUGGCAAUGGUUUUAUAUCCCAUUGCUCCAGAAGCUCCAUCAAGAAGCUCGAGUGUCAAGUUGAUGCCGUCAGUGCCGAGGAGAAGGUGAUCACAGUGCCACAAUGUGCUCUCUCAGUGCAGCCAAUGCCAAGUUCUGUCUUGACUUUUUCAGAGAGCUGAACAAAAGAAAAAGAAAUGAAAACAUCUUUUUCUCCCCACUAAGUCUGUCAGCUGCCUUUGGAAUGGUUGUCCUUGGAGCCAGGGGCAGCACACUCGAGCAGAUUGAGAAGGUCUUUCAUUUCAGAGAAGUUUUGAGCAGUACGAGACAGGAAAACAGAUACCCUUCUGAGCAGGUCCAACUUUGCAUAGGAAAGCCCAAGCCUACCACGAAACCUCUGUUUUCCUGUUUGAAGUGUGAAGAAGAUGAAGGAGUCCAUUCCCAGUUCCAGGCUCUGUUGGCUGAAGUCAGUGAACCUGGACCAGGCUGUUGUCUCACCAUUGCCAACAGGCUCUUUGGAGAAAUUACUUAUCCAUUCUUCCAGCAAUACUUGGAUUCCACAAAGAAAUUCUAUCGAGCAGAACUGGAACCAGUAAAUUUUAAAUACACUGAAGAAGAAGUCAGAGACAAAAUUAACUUCUGGGUUGAAAACGAAACAAAAGGUAAAAUCAAAGAGCUAUUUGCUGCUGGUUUGAUUGAUCCCUCUACUGUACUUGUCCUGGUCAAUGCUAUAUAUUUUAAAGGAAAGUGGGCAGUAGAAUUUAAGAAAGAAGACACUAAGGAAGCAUAUUUCCACCUGAACAAGAAUGAGAGAAGGAAAGUGCAGAUGAUGUUUCAAGAAGGAUAUUUUAACAUGGCCAUCAUAGAGGAACUGAAAACAAAAGUCAUAGAGCUCCAAUACUUCAAUAAUGAACUAAGCAUGUUCAUUCUUCUUCCUGAAGAUGACUGUGAGGACUUUACUGGCCUAGAACAGCUUGAAUGUGCCCUGACCUAUGAAAAACUGGCAGAAUGGACCAGCUCGGCUAUGAUGCAACCACUGAGAGUGAAGGUGUACCUGCCCCAGUUCAAGAUGGAGGAAAGUUAUGUUCUCAACAACACCCUCCAGGAGAUGGGAGUAAUGAAUGUUUUUGACUGGGGAAAAGCUGAUUUAUCAGGAAUCUCUAUGAAAGGUGGCUUGGUUGUGUCCAAGGCCAUCCAGAAGACAAUCGUGGAAGUCAAUGAAGAGGGCACUGAGGCAGGUUGUUCCAUGGGGCUUCUUGCAAUGCCUCUGUGCUGCCCAGUAACUUGUGAGUUCAGAGCUGACCGUCCAUUCCUCUUCUUCAUCAGACACAACCAAACCAACACCAUUCUCUUCUUUGGAAGAUUUUCCUCUCCUUAAGUGGAGGCUACAUUGGAAAUUAGAUCUUUCUCCCCACUUACAUCCCAACUGG